CCUUGCCUUACUGCCACUCCAUGAUUGAUUGAUUGGUUUCUUCAGCGUCUAUUUUGCAUUCUCCUGUAUAGAAACGAAAUUGUUUUUUUCUGAAGAAGGCAACAGCAGUUUUUCUAGGUUAAAAAUAUAUUAUUGGAUUGCGUUGUCAUGCAUUGGUGAACCUGAAGUUGUAAAGAACAAGACAAUACAAUGAGUAGCCUUGGGAUGAAUCGAUGUGACAUCGUGGGCGCAAACUCCACACAGUUGGCUUAUUUGCUGUAUGGUGGAAUUCCACAGAACUUAGGAUUUAACGUGCUCUGCUGGGCUAUUGUUCUGCUGUUGUUUUCGCUGUUUCGAAAAGUGGCCGGUGAUUAUGGGAGGAUAGCACUUGUGCAGCGCGGAGAGGAGAAGUGGACACAAUUGUUUUAUGGGGACCACUCCAAAGACGAUACAGGAAGGCCCAUAAAUGAUGAAGAUGAUGAAGAAAGUGCAUCUCUGCGGGCACCGCAUCAGGAGGAUCAGGGCUUCUGUUCAUGGAUCCCGUCAAUAUUUAAAAUCAAAGAUGAGCAUAUCAGAGCCAAAUCAGAUACAUAA